AUGGAGCUCAAAGGAGCUGUGCUACUGAUGUGUGUGCUGGCUGUCAGUGCUAAUAGCACUGUCGACAAGGAAGCCACCGACAACAUUGCAGCCGUUGAAACAGUGAAUCCGACCAGCGUCGUCAGCACCGUAGACUCUGUAAGCACUGAAGCAUCCGUGACCCUCGACAACGUCACCAGCAAUCAGUCACCCUCCAUGAGCGUCGUCAGUAAGCAGCGCGAAAAUAAACUCUACAAUUUGAUCGUGGCAAGGAAAUUUGAUGAAGCUGUCGAGAACACCAUUUCCUUGUAUGGCGCAGGCUGGAGCAAUAUCAUCAAACAGGUCAUUGAAAGGUUGUGCGACGAGGGUAACUCUAUAGUAUUUGAUUACUCCUACAAAAUCUCAAUCUCCAAGGCUCCGUACAUCGCACGUAGCUGCUUCCCUAUGGCAAUCCGAAUUCACGAAAGAAUGGUAUUCGCAAAAUUGAUUAACAAGAGGGACGGAUACGCUCUUACGUACAAUAACCACGUGGACUUCGAUGGUGACCGAAGAGUUUUAGGCGAUCCCAACACCGAAAGCAGGAUGGAUAUUGGAUGGUGGUUCGUCCCGCAUUGGACGGGAGACAGGCUUUAUUACCAAAUGCGUCCUCUUAGAAUGGCUAUGUUCUUAAAAUUAGGAAACAGUAGAGACGGAGACGGCGACCAUACCGCUUAUGUAUCUGACGACUACAGCACGAACAGGCACUUGUGGACCAUACAACCGGUGAAGCACAAUGGCGAGCUCCUGUUCUACAUCAUCAACCGGGAGUUCGACAAGCUUCUUAAAUUCGGUCUAUCACCCGUAUACGACGGAUACCGCAUUGCUUAUGGCCACUCGACGAAGGACUUAAAUCCGCAUAAGUUCUCGUGGUACAUUAAAACUGCGUAAUACCGUAUUGUAUUUCAAUAAAUGUAAUUUUCAAUAAAAAUACUCCAAGUUCGUUGCAAAUCAUGGUAUGUUUGAAUAUAGUUUCUUUUAGUUUAAGACUGGUGAAUGAGUUUACGAUCAACCUGUGUUACUGGAACCCAUAGAUGUAACAACGUAAAAGCCG